AUGGAUUAUCAGAAACAUCUAAAGAUACUGAAAGAGACCCUGGAAUAACAUAAGAUUACUCCAGAAAACUUAAGAGAAAAAAGAAAGUCCUUCAAAGAGUUUCCAAAACAAAUAAACAAUAGAGUAGUUGAUGCCUUUUAAUCAUUUGCUCCUUUUGAUAGAGCACCUGUUUGGAUGAUGAGGCAAGCAGGUAGAUAUCUACCAGAAUAUAGAGAAAUUAAGGCUGAAAUGGAUUUUUUUGCUACUUGCCAAAAUCCAUUUAUUGCUGCUGAAAUCACCUUAUAACCAACAAAACAAUUUGAUAUCGACGCAGCAAUCAUUUUUUCAGAUAUUCUGGUUUUGCCUAAAAUGAUGGGAAUGGAAAUCACAAUCGAAGAAAAGAAAGGACCAGUCAUUGCAAAUCCAUUGGUUACUCCAGACGAUAUUCAAAAGCUUCAUCCUCCCAACCCAGAGCAUUUAGAACACGUUUAUGAUGCACUAUUCUUGACCAGAUUGGCAUUACAAGGAAAAUGUAAUCUAAUAGGAUUCUGUGGUGCUCCUUGGACUGUCUUUGCAUACAUGGUAGAAGGAGGAUCUAGCAAAUUAUUCUCAAAAGUUAAGAAAUGGCUCUAUUUAUAUACAGAGGGAUCCUUAUAGGUUUUAGAAUUACUAGCAAAAGAAAGUGCCAAAUAUUUAAUCAAUCAAGUUAAAUAAGGUGGUGCUUAAGUUGUUUAGAUAUUUGACUCUUGGGCAGGUCAAAUUCCAGCUUUGGAUUACAUAGAAUUUAUUAUUCCUUCUUUAAGAAUUUUGUUUGAAGAUUUCAAGAAAGAAUGUCCUGAUACUCCUUUGAUAAUGUUCUCCAAGGAUUAAAAUGAUAAAAAGGUUAUUAUUGAAUUUUUAAAAUUGACUUAUAACGACAAACCAUUGGUUGAUGGAUUUCAAUUAGAUUCUAAUGUAAGUGAUGAAACACUUAUUAAAAUCAUAGAAGGAAAUAGAACCAUAUAAGGAAAUUUAGAACCAGGAGUGUUAUUUGGAAAUCCUGUUAUUAUAAAGAAAAGAAUUUCACAAAUGAUUGAGAAGUUAUAGACUACAAGAAGGUACAUUGUAAAUUUGGCACAUGGACUUACUCCAGAUCAUGAAGUUGAAAAAGUCAGGUUGUUCGUAUAAGAAUCGUAGCGUCAAUCCAAAUUAUAUAAAGCCAAGGAAAUUUUGGAAUGAAUUUUCGAUUCAAUCAGUCAUCUAUUCAGUUUAUAAUUUAUAUCA